CCACUUCUCCAUCUUGUGCGGCUCUUAACUUUCUCUCUCCCUAAAAAAUUAUUCUCUUGACUUUCUCUCUCUAAAAAAUCUAUUCUCUUGACUUUCUCUCUCUAAAAAAAUCUAAACCAUUUCUUCUUACCUCACAUUCAAUUCCGAUCGUCUCUCAAUCUCAACUGUCUUCUUUCUCUCUCAAGAUAUUUCCCCAAUCCCUGAUUCCCGCUCUCUAUAAAUUGCCCUAAAUACCAGUCUUUUGUCUCUCUUUGUCCAGUCUCCCAACCCAUUGGCCCACUUUCUCUCUGUAGGAGAGCGAGCCUACUUUUUUUUUCCACACCUUAAGAGAGAGAGAGAGAGAGAGAGAUUUCUUGUGAAUUGCUUGUUUUGGUUGAAAGGCAAGAGGAUGAAGAGGGUUUUUGGGGCGAAGAAGGAGAAAGAACCUCCUCCUUCAAUUCAAGAUGCUUCUGAUAGAAUAAAUAAAAGAGGGGAUACUGUGGACGAGAAGAUUAAAAAGCUUGAUGCUGAACUUACUAGGUACAAAGAACAAAUCAAGAAGACAAGGCCUGGACCUGCUCAAGAAGCAGUCAAAGCCCGAGCAAUGAGGGUCCUUAAGCAAAAAAGAAUGUAUGAAGAACAACGUGACAUGCUGUAUAAUCAGACUUUUAACUUGGAUCAGGUUGCGUUUGCAGCUGAAGGGAUUAAAGAUGCUCAACAAACGAUGUCAGCCUUGAAAUCUGCAAAUAAAGAGUUGAAAGGAAUGAUGAAAACAGUGAAGAUCCAAGACAUAGAUAGCAUGCAAGAUGAGAUGAUGGAUUUAAUGGAUGUGAGUUCAGAAAUCCAAGAAUCACUUGGCAGGAGCUACAACGUCCCUGAUGAUAUUGAUGAGGAUGAGCUCAUGGGCGAGCUGGACGCUUUGGAAGCUGACAUGAGCUUGGAAACCGAGUCUGAAGGCAUGCCCACAUAUCUCCAACCCGACAAGGAAUCUGAUAUUGACUCUGAACUCAAUUUGCCUUCGGCUCCAUCUAGUCAUGCGAUGCCAGCCAGAACCAAUGCUCAGGCGGAGGACGAAUUGGGCUUACCAGCUGUUCCUCGGGCAUCUAUUCGUGGAUAGUCGCAAAACUGUCCAUGCUGGACUCAGUUAUUGACGAGAUCAUUCAUGGUGCAUUGGUCUCUGUGCAUCGGAGAUGUGUAUUUGUUCAUGCUGAUUGUGUUCUGGUUUGGUCCAUUAGGUGUUCUGCGCAUUGGGGUGGUUUGUAUGAAAUCAGUGUGAUUUGGAUUCUCAAAAACGAAAAAUAGGAGCAUAAUUAUUUGGAAAAAUAUAUCAAGCGAUCAUUUACUUAAAAAUAUACAAAGAGAUCAUUUACUUUUCAUUCAAGGAGGUCACAAUCACUAUUAUGUAUCAGAUUUUAAAUCAAGUGGUUGUGAGUGUGUUAUUAA